CACAAUGUCGGUAAAUUAGAAAUCUGUGAACUGUCACCGCUGUAAACAAGGCGGUCCAAAAAUUUUAAGCCGUGAAAUUUACAAGUCAUCAUCAACAAUGGAGGCGAUGGAUGUUGUUAUACCAGAAAAAGAUGAAGGCAGCCCUUCGGAAGUCAAGCAGUCGCUGCAAGAAGCGGACACUGAAGACUUGUACACAAAAUACAAAAAGCUCCAGCAAAUGUUGGAGUUCUUGGAAGUACAGGAGGAGUACAUCAAAGAUGAACAAAGAAACUUAAAAAAGGAAUAUUUACAUGCCCAAGAGGAAGUCAAGAGAAUCCAAUCAGUUCCACUGGUUAUUGGACAAUUUUUGGAGGCUGUUGAUCAAAACACUGGCAUUGUGGGUUCAACCACUGGUUCCAACUAUUAUGUGCGUAUUUUAUCGACAAUUGACAGAGAAUUGUUAAAACCUUCAGCUAGUGUGGCCCUCCACAAACACAGCAAUGCUUUGGUCGAUGUUUUACCACCAGAGGCUGAUUCCUCAAUCAGUAUGCUCCAAGCAGAUGAAAAACCAGAUGUUCAGUACAGCGAUAUUGGUGGAAUGGAUAUGCAAAAACAGGAAAUCCGCGAGGCAGUUGAAUUGCCUCUCACCCACUUCGAACUCUACAAGCAAAUUGGUAUUGACCCCCCAAGAGGAGUGUUGAUGUAUGGCCCACCAGGAUGUGGCAAAACCAUGUUGGCUAAAGCAGUGGCUCAUCACACAACUGCUGCCUUCAUAAGAGUUGUUGGUUCAGAAUUCGUCCAGAAGUACUUGGGUGAAGGUCCCAGAAUGGUGAGGGAUGUGUUUCGUUUAGCCAAGGAAAAUUCGCCUGCAAUUAUUUUUAUUGAUGAAAUUGAUGCCAUUGCCACUAAACGAUUUGAUGCUCAAACUGGAGCUGACAGGGAAGUCCAGAGAAUUUUAUUGGAGUUGCUGAAUCAAAUGGAUGGUUUCGACCAAACCACGAAUGUUAAAGUUAUUAUGGCUACAAAUCGUGCAGAUACUUUAGAUCCCGCGCUUCUGCGUCCUGGUCGUUUAGACAGGAAAAUUGAAUUCCCUCUGCCAGACCGUAGACAAAAACGAUUGAUAUUUAGCACUAUAACAUCGAAAAUGAAUUUAUCUGAAGAGGUUGAUUUGGAAGACUAUGUGGCUAGACCUGACAGAAUUUCUGGUGCAGAUAUUAAUGCUAUUUGUCAAGAAGCUGGAAUGCAUGCAGUCAGAGAAAACAGAUAUAUUGUACUACCAAAAGAUUUUGAAAAAGGUUAUAAAAAUAAUAUCAAGAAAGAUGAGAGUGAGCACGAAUUUUACAAAUAAUCUUGAAUUUGUGUUAAUUACUCUCUACUAUCAUUAUGUAUGUAAAAUGGUCUUUUUAUUUAAAUAAAUCAAUUCAAUAAUUUA